AUGCCAAACUUGGAAAUUCUUAUUUUGAAGGAAAACAAAUUAACGGAAGUCCCAAAAUUUUGUCUUCCGCAUAAGCAACGUCCAAGUUUUCCAUUACUUAAAGUCCUUGAUCUUAGUGACAACUUUUUAUAUGAUGUAACUAGAAAAAACUUCCAUGGACAGUGCUUGCCAAACCUCAAGAGUCUGAAGCUGGGACAUAACAAAAUCAAAUUUGUACCUGAAAACCUGAUUGCAGAUUUAUCUACAUUGCAUCCAUACAUCAUAUUGGCUAUUUCCAUUUCGUUUGGAGGAACAUUCAUCACUUGUUUGUCUUGCUUAUUUUACCAAAAACGCUGGCACAUUAAAUACUAUUUGUAUCUCUUACGUGCCAAAAGACGUGGUUAUGAAAUCCUAGCUGGAGAUGAAUUUGCAUAUGACGUUUUCCUGGCCUACAAUUCAAAUGACAGAAUAUGGGUUAUUUCAGAACUGAUACCAAAACUUGAAAAAGAAGAAAACUUAAAACUCUGCUUGCAUGACAGAGAUUUCCAAGUGGGUAAACUAAUUGUAGACAAUAUCACCGAUACCAUGCAUAGAAGUCGAAAAGUCCUGAUCAUUCUCUCUAACAGCUUUGCACAGAGCCAUUGGUGUCGGUUCGAAACUAUGUUGGCGCAACUAAGGUUAAUAAAUAAUGGAAAGGAGACCGUGAUUGUGGUUAUUUUAGAGAACAUCCUCACAAAAAACAUGACCAAUUCCUUACAUGUUCUUCUGAAAACAAUCACUUUCAUAGAGUGGACCAACGAAAAAUCAGGGAAAGAAAUGUUUUGGAACAGAUUAGUCGCCGCCGUUAAAUCUUAA